UAAAGUAAUACCUACAUACACUAUAUAAAUUCAGCAUGGAAUUGGUAACAUUGUCAUUUCUUCCUGUAGGAACUAAUAAUGUCAGUGUUAACAUCAGAUCUAAACCCUGAAGUCGCUCUGAGUACUAGUACAUACAAUGUAAGUACUAGUGUGUACGACACGUACGGCUAUUAUAUUCAUCCUCAUUGGAAACAAUUUGAACUGGUACCGGACCAUUGGCAUUUUAUGGUGGGAGUUUACAUCACUAUCGUUGGAAUCACUGGGAUCAUAGGAAACUCAAUUGUCAUAUGGAUUUUCAGCACAACCGAAAGCUUAAAAACUCCAUCAAACAUGCUGAUCACCAAUCUGGCUGUCAGUGACCUUCUCUUUUCGGCUGUAAAUGGAUUUCCGUUACUAAGUAUUUCUGCAUUCAAUCGGAAAUGGAUGUGGGGUGAUACUGCAUGUCAGUUUUAUGGCUUCAUCGGGGGAUUAUUUGGGUUGAUGUCGAUCAAUACUUUGGCUGCAAUAUCCAUUGACAGAUAUCUUCAUAUUGCAAAACCACUGUCUGCUGCUAAGAACAUGACCAGAAGAAAAACCUUAAUGAUGAUGAUGUGUGUAUGGGCCUGGUCUCUCAUCUGGGCUGUUCCACCAAUAUUUGGUUGGGGAGCCUAUAUUCCCGAAGGGUUUCAGACAUCGUGCACUUUUGAUUACCUAAGUACUGAGCCACAUAUGCGAUCAUACAUAUUCGGAUUAUAUCUAGGCGGAUUUGUUGUUCCGUUGGCCAUCACCGUUGUUUGUUACGGGCUAAUUCUAAAGGCAAUCAGGAAGCACGAACGGGAAAUGGAGAAAGUUGUAGAUAAGUUGAAGGCAGACGAUCUCCGAAAUAAACAAAACAAAGCAAGUAUGGAGAUAAAAGUAGCAAGAAUUGCAAUGAUUAUUGUUACUUUAUAUAUAUUGUCAUGGAGUCCUUAUGCGACGGUUGCUCUGAUUGGUCAAUUUGGACCAUCAGAAUGGGUAACACCAGUUGUGGCAGAAAUUCCAGUUAUGUUGGCAAAAACGUGCGCGAUGCAUAAUCCAAUCGUGUAUGCAUUCAGUCAUCCAAAGUUCAGAAAUGCCUUAUCAAAACGCGUCCCAUGGAUAACGUGUUGUUACGAUGUUAAACCCUCAGACAUAACCUCUAAAACCAACAAUUCCUCUGGUAAACGACCACUUAGCCGUAAUAUGAGUGACGAUAGCAAUUAUUAUGGAAGUGAAGCAUCUAGCUAUGUAACGAGCAUAGGCGAAUCUAUACCAAAUAGAAGUGGACGAUUGAAUAUGCAGCGAAGCAGGAGCGUCGAGAGUACCAUCGGAUCACCUGAAAUUAUAAUAGAACUUGUAAGAGCCCUUGUAACAGUAGCAAACAGAAAUGUGGAACCUGAUCAUCGAACUAAUCCUCAAGUCCAAGAUGUCUUUUCCGUAUGUGGUGGAAAACAAGAACAGCUAGCUAAGUACCUUGCUGAACUGUUGACCACUGCAGAAAACACGUCCGUUUCAACCGAUACCAAAUUAUAA